GUACUGCCUGAAAAGAAUUGGUUAUGGAAACUAGCCACGGAACCUAUCCUUUUGGAUUUUGUAGAGCGGCAUCUAGGGCCGAAUUUGGUUCUGUACUCCACACAGUUAGCUUAUAAACCGCCUGGUGGUGGUAGAGACGAUGGGGAACGUUGUCGUACACUCUGGAUUCCGCUAGAUGACAUAUCCGAUACCAGCGGCGGCUUAGAAGUGAUCCCUGGGCUACAUAAGCGUGGCCGUGUCAAGAAGUACAAACGUGUGACAGUCGAGAGCUACGACAGCGCAGUCUUCAACCUCAAGCACAGCGUCUUUGAGAUUGAUUUGAGCCUGUAUGGUAGUGAUGCUGGGACCCAACGCGAGUUGGAAGACGGAGAGCGUAGUAAGAAAAGAACCCGCAUCUCACAAAGAGAAUCGCCGAGCAGCGACGGCCAAGGCUUGAAGGUCACUUUCGCUGAGAGUGCGCUGCUGUGCCAGAGCGUACUGUGCCGCAUGCCAGCUGGGAGUCUGGAGGUUCACCACCCAACGCUGCCCCACCGAUCUGUACCAAAUAAAUCGGCAAACCACCGGCGUGUCAUCAUCAUGCGGUGUGUUUCUGUGCCCAAGAAAUGCAAUUCGUUGGUGUUUGUUUUAGACAUAUGA